UCUUCUUACAUAUGUUGCCUGAUCGAUAAGGGCACCGAUUUUACUGAUCUUUUACACUAUAUGGUUUAUAUUUUAUGUGAUAACUUAUUUUUCUAUAAUUUAUUGAUACAUCCUUUACAAUGUCAUCCAAGGAGUUAAAAGCUAUGCUGAAAGAAGCACGAGAAGCUGUGAAAAACAAAACGUUCCCUUGUGCUAUUGAAUUGUGCAAAAAAAUAUUGAAAGAAGACAAAGAGAACUACAUGGCACUAUUGCUUCUGGGAGCCUCGUAUCAAGAUACAAAUAAAAAGGAGGCUGCGAGUUUUCUUAAACAAGCCCUCGUUUGCAGCACUGAUCCAACAGUUGCCCUACAGGGACUCGCUAACUGUGCAGAAAUCAAUGAACUUCCGGAAAUUUACGAGAAAUUGCUAACGUUAACACCAAACAAGUUUUCAGACAUUCAUUCUAAACUACUCGCAGUGGCUAAUCAAGGAGAACAGAUUGAAAAAAUUGUUAAAAUAUUGCAACAGGAGACGGAAGGAGAGUUGAAAGGCAAUGAUCGUAUAAAAUCCGCCUUCGAAUGUCUUUCGAGCAUUUUUAUUCAAGAUCAAUCAAUUCAAGCUAAAAAUGAAUCACUUGCCGAGAGAGCUCUGGAACAUGCCGUUGUCAAUCGCGACGAUCCGUAUUUGCAUGAGAAAUUUAAACAAUACCUGAAACUUCUUUAUCGUCUGAAAAAGAACGAAAAAUUGGUUGGAAAAGCAUCGCUUAUGCAUAAGCAAUUUCAAAACGAUAUCUUUCCUUUGGAGUGGAUCUGCAAAGCGUACGUAGAAGAGCUUGUCGGUCGUAAUGAGGUACAAACAUUGCUGGAAGCACCUCUGGACACUUAUCUUGAUGCUGCGAUUAAACUUAACUCGGAAUCAGUGUUGGCAUUAGCGGCCAAAGGCAUCCAAUGUUAUCGUGACGAGGACUGGGUGAGAGCUGAGUUAUUAUUGAGAAAGGUUGACUCGUUGCAACCUAAUUGGAACAUUAUUUUAAAUAUGUUAGCAGAUGUAUAUACCCAUCUAAAGUUAUAUGGGCAGGCUGAGAACAUCUGUCGACGAAUUAAAGUCGUCAAAUCAAACUUAUUCAUCGCUCUAAUUGAAGAUGGAAGCUUGGAAAAACUACAAGAAGCCUCUAGUUACCGAGCAUGUUUGUUGGAUGGGAACAGCGAUUCCAAAAUGUUAUUCUUUAGCACGAAAUUGAAAAUUCUAUUGAAUAAUCUUCAGAAUAUAGAAGCGGAAUUGGAGCAAUUGGAAGCAUCAGAUAUUUCUCCCGAAAUGUUGGACCUUUUGAGGGCACUUCGAUGUAAAGCAGAAAGAGAUAAAACGGAAGCGGUGCAAAUUUUGCAAAAACACGGCAACAACUGCGAGUGUCUCCUAGAACUUGCCAAACUACAUUAUGAUGAUUCUAACAUUGAACAAAGCUUCUUAUGUGCUUUAAAAGCAACUAAACUAGAGCCCACCAAUGCGAAGUGUUUCUACUGGAUGGGCAAAUUAUAUCUUCAUAAUUCGGACCUCAUCCGUUCCCGGAAGUGUUUGGAGAAAACCAUAUUUUUGAACCCAUUUUACAAAGAGGCAAUUGUGUUGCUCAGCUCGCUGUAUCGAAGACUGUCCGAAUGGGAAGCUAAUUCAAAGUUGCUUCACAACACUAUCACUUUUGCGAGCGGGGCCAAUUCGUCGUGGGCGUUCUUGCAGCUUGGAUUGCAUCAUUUAGGCCAGCAGAGCUACGAUGAGGCUAUUUCGGCGUUUCGUACAGUUAUCCGGUACGAUGUGCAGAACAUAACUAGUUGGGAAGGGUUAGCCGAUGCGUAUCUAGGCAGAGGGUCGUAUACAUCCGCCAUGAAAGUGUUCGAAAAGAUCGUUGAGCUGAAUCCGGUGAAUCCGUAUCCCAAACUACAAUUGGCGAACAUUAAGAACAUGUUGAAACAACACGAAGAAGCCGUUCCACUUUUCGAAGAGUUAUUAGCAAACGACGGUAACUAUUUCCCAGCUAUCAAAGGUAUUGCUGAAUGCCACGCGAGGCUGUGCUACAGUUUUCUUGGACAAAGGCUAAUUGGUAAGUGCCAUGAUCAUGCUCAAAGUGCCGUGGAUUACUUCACAAGAGCACUCAAGAUAAAGCCAAACUUUGUGUGUCUGUGGAAACAAUUGGGCAAUAUUUUGGACACGGUUGCUGAGCUACCCAAAUCCAAGGCACAUCUCCAGAUAGAAGGUAGCUUGGCAGGUGUUUCCCAUCGGAGGCAAUUUUCGCUGCAAGGUAUAAAACUAUUUGAGUUGGCCAGUCGGUGUUAUAGUAGGGCAUUGAAAAUGAACGCGGAAGAUAGUUUCCUGUGGUAUGAGCUAGCCUUGAAUCACUACCGGCAGAGUAAUCGGUUUUGUUUCGAUGAAAAUGAUCGACGCAAGCGAUUGCUGUCUGCAGUAGAGUUUGCGAAACAAUCGAUUAAGUUGGAACCGAACAGGUGGCAGAAUUGGAAUCUACUGGGAGCCAUUUCUGUCAGUAAAGAAAUCAACAAUUUAGCACUCGCCCAACAUUGUUUCAUUGAAGCAAUUUCAUUGGAUAAGAAAUCAGCAGCUGUCAGUUGGACAAAUUUAGGAAUAAUGUAUUUACUGCAAAAUUCCACCACUUUGGCAAACAAAGCUUUUGGUCGGGCUCAGCAAACUGAUACGACGUACAUAAACGCGUGGAUUGGACAGGCUGUUAUAGCUGAACAGAUUGGUCAAGCCGACGAGGCAAUGGACUUAUUUAGACAUUGUACACAGCUUGGGUACCACCCUGAAUCAUCCCUAGGAUACCCACAUUGGGUCUGCUCUAUUUUGAAUGAGGAGGACUAUCGCCGAAACAAACGAUACCAAUUCGCUAUAGAUAAUAUGCAUGCUUUGCCACUGUCACAUGACUGCAUUACGUGGCACUGUGAGGAUAAAAAUGGUGAGGCUUCUGUUGAAGCCUUUCGCUUCCUUGGAUACUUGAGUAAUCGAUUAGAACUGUGGAGAACCGCUUCCAGUGCCUUUGAAAGGGCAUUGACUGGUGCUUGUGGUGUUGAGAGAGAUCAAAUACUGUGCGACCUAGGAUAUUGUUUGAUUAAAGAAAAGAAAUAUGAAGAAGCUGUCGAACGCUACCAGCAAGUCAGUGAAGCCACAUAUUUAGCAACUAUUGGAAAAGCUACCGCGUACUUUAAAGCCGGUCACUACCAGGAAUCGUAUGCUGAGUACGAAAGCGCUUUAAAUUGGCUGGCUACAUCUGAUUUGGAGAAAGCAUACGUACUAAUCGCAAUGUCCGCUAUGGUGUAUGCGUUCCAAGGUGAAGCCGACGCAAAAACAAUUCUGUUUCAAUGCAUCACACUGCCAAAUCCGCCCAUUGAGGCACUUUUUUCUUCGUGUGCACUUGGACUUCUGUAUAGUGAUAGUGUACUCACCGAAUUAGUAAUCAAAGAACUUCGAAAAUACGAGAAUGAUUUGAGGCAUGGUCACCAUGUAGUUUACUUGGUAUCGCAAUUUCUGUGGGGAAGCAAACAAAAAUCUCAAUCGCUGAAUUAUCUGAUUUCGCAAGUGCACAAAUUUCCGAACCGCCCCAAAUUGAGGCAAGUUUUGGCAGUUUCGAUGCUGAAAAAUCAUCGCACCCCGAAGAAAAACCUUGUCGCUGCGAGUGGUGUCGCCGAGAGUGCACUAGUGCUUGAUUUGCACGAUGCGCAAUAUAACACACGUGCCCUAGAUGCCGCGAAGUGGUUGGCAGUUGCUAGCGAGGCGAUGCGCCCAGUUGAUGAACGUCGUCGUAAAAUACUUGCCCAGAAGGCAGUUCAUGUUGAUCCCACUUGUAAAGAAGCUUGGAGUUCUUUGAUACGGAUUACAAGCGCAAAAUAAUAAUAGAUUCGUAAUAAAUGUGUGUGCUCCAUGCUUUUCAAUAGGCAAAAAAAAACAAAUCAUUUAUCAUGUAUAGAGUUGUUUUUAAACAUGCUUUUUGUAAAAAAAAACAAUAUUAUAAUUAAACAUUAAUAAUAA